AUGGAAAAGGUGCAGCUGGCCCGCGCCCACGCUGCCCGCGCCGAAGCCGAGGGCGCCGCACGACUACAGCUUCAGCAAACGCAGCAGCAGCAGCAGGACCAGCAGCCACGCCAACGAUCGCAGUCAACAUCACAGUCGCCCUCGCCGCCGACGCUCGCGCAGGCGCCGCGCGUGCAGCGCAGUCACAUCGACCUCCGCCACCAGCCUCCGUCGCGCGGCGGCACGCCUCCGCCCUACUCGGGCCCGUCCGAUCCGUUGUCGCCGUCGGCGCCCGGCCAGCCCAGCGCCGACGACAGCUACCCGCACAACGGCGCGACGGCGGCCAAGGGCUUCCCGCGCUACCCGGGGCUGCCCAAGAUUGACUACCGCGUCUACUCGCCGCCGCUCUUCAAGCUGUCGUCGGACAUGACGACGCUGACGUCCAAGGCCGAGUACCUGUCGAGCAACGCGGCCGCGCUCGUCACCCUCGUCCGCACGCAGGCCUCGGUGCCGCCCAAGCCGUACAUUGUCGUCAAGGGCGCGCGCGGCCGCAAGGUCGACUUCGAGGUCAAGCUCAACCUCAUGGCGCUGCUGAUCCCCGAGGACGGCCGCGCGCGCAUGGACUACAUCCGCUGCGUCGGCCACGACGAGGUCGCCUACCGCGGCGGCGCCCGGCCCGACGUCCUGCCCGAGGUCGGCGAGGGCGGCCUCGACGAGUGGUGCCGCCGCUUCGUCGAGGACCCGGCCGGCAUCAAGAGCUUCACGCUCGAGCGCGUCGUCGCCAACCUCGACGUCGGCUGGAUCGACGGCCAGCUGCGCAGCCUGCUCGCCAGCCUCAAGUACAAGGGCAACGUCGACGUCACCUUUGUCGUCACCCACAGCAAGAUUGUCGUCCAGAACCCUGACAAGGUCAACCAGUUCUUCACGUCCGUCACCUCGCUCUUUGCCGGCAAGAACAAGUACGAGGUCGUCAAGUCCGUCUGGCCCUUUGCCUCGUCGCGCACCGGCGAGCCCGGCCGCGUCUGCGCCGUCCAGACCGAGGAGACGUGGUGGCGCGAGUGGCGCGGGCCCAUCGGCCAUGCCAUUGCCCAGAAGCGCCAGGGCUGGGUCACGGUCGAGGACAAGCUCGAGGCCGUCAUGGAGGGCAAGGGCAGCAACAUGGCCCCCGUCGACUGGGGUCCCGAGUUUAACGCUUAG